GCGACAACAGUCAGCUCUCACCAUGGCGGAAGAGGACGACGCGAAGAUUCGGAUUUUACAGAGCCUGAGGGGUAAAAUAUGUGAAGCUAAGAACCUAGGUCCUGUCUCAGGUCCAAACCGACAAAGGGAUCUCUGCACCUUUUGCACCAUAAGUCUGGAUCAGGAGGAGGUGUUCCGCACCAAGGUGUUUGACAAAAGCGUCAGCCCUUUCUACGGAGAGGACUUCUACUUUGAGAUCCCACGUCCAUUUCAGUGUUUAUCCUUCUAUGUUUAUGCCAAGAGCGUUUUCCAAAGGGAGCUACCUGUUGGCAAGGUGUCAAUCCGGAAGGAUGACCUGUGUAAAUACAGUGGCAAGGAGCACUGGUUUAGCCUUCAUCCAGUAGAUCCUAACUCAGAAGUUCAGGGUAAAGUCCAUUUGGAGAUGCGACUGAAUGAAGUGAUCACAGAAAACGGCUCCGUAGGUCAACACUUACUUGUCCGGAUAAUAGAAUGCCAGGGACUGCCUUUGAUCAGUGGGCAGAACUGUGACCCCUACGCCACCGUGUCACUCAUUGGACCUGCCAGAUCUGACCAAAAGAAAACAAAGGUAAAGAAGAAAACCAGCAACCCUCAGUUUGAAGAGACCUUCUUCUUUGAGGUCACACGGUCCAGCAGCUACUCUAAAAAGUCUCAUUUCCAAGUGGAGGACGAGGACAUUGAAAAACUUGAGAUCAAAGUUGAUUUGUGGAACAAUGAGAAUCUGGCUCAGGAUGUGUUUCUGGGGGAGACGCGGGUCCCGGUCAAGAUCCUGCGGAGCGACCACAUCCACAAAGCCUGGUAUCUCCUCCAGCCUAAAGGGAAUGGCAGCAAGUCCAAGUCUGAUGAUUUGGGAUCCUUGCGUUUGAAGCUGACCUACAUAGAAGACACGGUGCUGCCAUCUACCUGCUACACACCACUCUGCAACCUGCUGCUCAAAUCCCCAGAUGUGAAGCCCAUCUCGGCGUCAGCAGCACACAUUUUGGGGGACAUCUGCAGAGAGCGAUACGAGGCUGUUCUGCCCACGGUUCGACUGCUGCUCCACCACAAUCGCUUUGUGCCUUUUGUCUCUGCUGUGGCAGCACUAGAGCUGGAGAACACUCAGGAGGCUAACACUAUAUUCCGAGGCAACUCACUGGCAGCACGCUGCAUUGAUGACAUGAUGAAGAUUGUGGGAAAGAAUUACCUGGCGGUUACCCUGAAGCCUGUAAUAGAUGAGAUUUGUGAAUCCAACAAAACAUGUGAGAUAGAUCCGGUUAAACUAAAGGAAGGUGACAACGUGGAGGUUAACAAGGAGAACCUUCAGGGUUAUGUCCAGAAAGUCUUUUCCUCCAUCACGCAGUCCAGCUCCAGCUGUCCCCCACUUAUGUGUGAUGUCUUCAGGUCACUGCGACACUUGGCCUGCAAACGCUUCCCAGCUGACCCACACGUUCAAUACUCGGCCGUUAGCAGCUUUGUUUUCCUGCGGUUCUUCGCUGUCGCUGUCCUUUCUCCACACUCCUUCCAGCUCCGCUCCCACCAUCCUGAUCCUGAGAUUUCCCGCACACUUACACUCAUCUCAAAAACAAUCCAGACGCUGGGCAGCUGGGGUAGUUUGUCAAAAAAACUGUCUAGUUUCAAAGAAACCUACAUGUACGACUUCUUCAAAUCAUUCCAAGAAGACAAGUGUAUUGAAAAAGUUAAAAAGUUUCUUGAUGAGAUCUCGUCAAACGUCAGCAAAGAGUCCAGUGGGCUGGAGGACGCAGUGGUUCUCAAGGAGGGGGAAGUACAGAAACGUGCCCAGGGCAGGAAACGCCUUGGCAAGAGAAACUUUAAAAAGCGAUGGCUCAGAGUGACCAACAGGGAGCUCUCCUACCACAAACAUAAAGGGAAAGAGGCCCUCUGCAUCAUCAGUGUCAAAAAUAUCCAGGCAGUGGAGAAACUGGAUGAAAGUGCCUUUAACCGCAAAAAUAUGUUUCAGGUGGUCUACUCUGAGAAGCUUCUGUAUGUGCAAGCAGGAAACUGUGUAGAGGCCAGUGAGUGGUUGGAGGUCCUGGGCCAGGUCAGCCGCUGCAACGAGGGACGCCUGUCCACCUACCAUCCGUCUAAUUACACCGGUGGAGCCUGGCAGUGCUGCAAAAACCAGAGUAACAACGCGCCGGGUUGUAAGCCCUGCACAGCCACCGUGCUGGCCAACCUGCAGCUGGACAUAGACUGUGACCGGGAAACGGAGAGAAUUUUCUCCCUCCUCUCCUCGAAUGAUACCAAGCUCCAGAACAUGGAGGAUGCAUGUGCCAGUAUGGCAGUGUAUCAGGGCCCUCAACGGGAGCAGGAGGAGUACUCCAAGUUCACCAUUCAGGAACCCAAAGAGACCUUUCAGACACUCAAACAGCUCCGAAACAUCAUGGAGGAACUUCAGAGGCAGCACAACAUGAGGAGUGACACCACGGCGCAGUACGGGAGCUUGGACAACCCCAUAGUAGGGAAAACCUCAUAACCCGGGUAGGAAGGUGUGGCCUGAAACAGCCAUACCAGCAGGUGUUGCUACACCACAGAGAGCCUGAAAGGGUCCUAACGGAGCCCCUGAGUUGUCCCAGAGAGAAAGUCCGCCGCGUGUCCAGGAGAAAAGUGAAUGAUACACCCUGACCUCCAGACAUCAUGAGUCCACUACAGCAGUGACCGCCUAAGAAGGGGAAGCAGAACAAGCUUCUCUCCUCAGCUCUUGAAAUGAAUGAACCCUUCGGUGUUGUCUUUGGCAGUACGUUGCCUCAUCUCCUCCCCUCCUCUGGUCCCUCAUAAAGAGACUCUCUCCUCGUCUUAAUUUAUGUCCUCUUGACGUCUACAGCUGUGUGAAAAAAGGCAUCAUUAGAUGGUGUGUGAAUAGGCUGCUAAUUUUUUUUAUUCACCCAAUAUUUUAUAUCAACAGCUGUGAUGAUGCUCUCCCAAAUCUUUUAAGGUUUUGCUCUGAUAUCAGUCUUUAGAGCUGAUUUGAUAAUCAUCAUCUUUCUGGAGGAUCGUGCUCUGUCCGUGCCCCUUUUAUCUCUCUCUACUCUCUUAGUGUCCUUCCUCUUCUGAACAAAACGUGUACAUAUAUUUCAGAGGACAGUGAAGUAGAUGAAACCGAUCUGCCUUACUUUAAUGGAUGUUUCUUUCACAUUAAAUGCUGAGGGAAUAAUGCAGAAGCACUUUAAAUAUUUGGAGCACUCCAAAUGGAAAUGAUUAGAUACUUGGUAUCAGCUCCCCCCAUUUUGAUCAGUUACAUGAUCUCGAGUACAUUUUUUUGUUUCAUUCCUGUACAAUAACAUUUAUAGCCUGUAGAUUUUAAAAUAUUUUUCUUGACCAAAGACAAUUUCAUAGGUUUGACUUGAAAAAAAAAUUAAUUAAUGUAUUUUGAAUACAAAUGUUUUAAAAAUGGAGACAAAUUAUAUAUAUAAAUAUAUAUUUGGUUUCUGUGUAUGUUUUUGCUAACAUAUCCUUUUACUUUUUUGUGACUUAAAGGGUAACUUUGGUAUUUUUCAACCUUGACCCUAUUUGUCCAUGUUUCUGUGUCUAAGUGACUAACUGGAACAACAGUUUUUGAACAUGGUCCAGUAUUGAGCAAGACUGCUGCACCUAGUAGCUGUGAAGCAGGCUGCAAUGAAGCUGCUCAGGGCAUUUGUGCACCAUCAGUUUACGUUUACCAAAAGUGCUUGUUUUGCCACUGACAGGUUGAACAACAUUAUGGAAAGGAUCCUUACAGCGAUGGACCUUUUUGUUAGAGAGUAAGAUCCUUUUUGUUUAACCAGAAACGGCCUCAAAAUCACUAUCACCAAAGCCACCAGACUCCUUUUACAAAAACAGUAAUUUAAGGAUGUCUGAAGCCGGCAUAUUUUCACAUUUGACUGGGUGAAUUGAGGGUUAAUUCCAACCAAACCAGAGAUGGUAAUCGUUAAACAGUGGAAAGACUAACAAAAAUGGUUUUUGUGAGUUAUAUUUUGUUUCUGUCCACUUUGAAUGAAGCGUGUUUUACCAUUAUGAAAUUAGUGUUUAUUUAAAUGGAGUCUGGUGCAUUUGAUGAUGAUGAUGAUGAUUUUUUCUGGUUGAACAAAAAUGAU